UCCGGGCGCGUGGCUCGUGGAGGAGGGGCUGGGUCAGUGGCACCUUGAGGAACGUGGGAUCCACCAGACGCGGUGGGAGCCCAGCUCGCGGCUAGCAGCCCACCCCUCCGGUGCUUGCUGCACGUGGCUCUGGCCUCACAGCUUUUCUGUCCCGGUGCUGCAGCCAGGGGAGUCAGGCAAAGUGCUUGCUGCACUGAGUUCAGACCAGGCCCCACGUGGCCGGUGGGACUGGAGGAGCCUAGAGACGCCUCACCCACCUGUGGCAGGUGCCUGCGGCAGUGGGCAGGGAAUAUGGGUGGUUGGAGCUCGUGUCCUGGAGGUGCACUGACCCUUGUUGCUUCCCACUCUAAUGGCUGCUCAGGGUGGGCCAGCACACCGGUGGGACCCUGGGGUGCCCUAUCCCCCUGUCCCUGGGACUCGCUUGCCUUGCCUUCGUUGCUGUGCCUGUCUUGGAACUAACGUGCUGUGACGUGCUGCUGUUGCCCUGCUGUAACCCCGCGGGCUGCAGAGCCCAGGGCAUUGCCCUCUCCUUCACUCAGUCCUCUCCGGUCCCUCCCCCCAUCCCCAUAAGUAGGAACUAACUGGGGAAAGGAGAGACGAGACUUUCUGGUUUUGCAGUGACAGGGAAGUGGCCCUGCCUGGGCACUCUGCUCCCUGCAGGCGGGGUCGCCAGUGACUGCCCUCAGCAUUGCAGGAGGCCCAGGAUCGCUGGCAGGGUGGGUGCAGCUCCCUCCCCUCCUUGUAGCUGUCCUUUCCACCCGCCCCCCAGGCUGCUGCCAGCAGGCUCCCAGCUCUGGUGUGAUGCACCCUUGGCACGGAGGCACUGCCACUGCAUGCUGAGGCUUGCACUUGUGCUCGCUGUACCCACGGAGACCUCCAGCUGCAGCUGCACUGGGGGCAGGAGCAGCCCCACAUGGACACAGGCUUCCCCAUAGGCAGCUGGAAGGCCCGGGCGUGUGUGAGCACCAGGAGACGUCCCCCGAGGUACCGCAGACAGCCAGGUGCCCGGGCAGGAUGCCCUGCCAGACUGUCUUUGGAGGUUAUGACCAUCCUCUGUCGCUGUGAGAAUAUUGAGACGUCGGAGGGGGUCCCACUGUACGUAACAGGGGUUGCACAGGUGAAGAUCAUGACGGAGCGGGAGCUGUUGGCCGUGGCCUGCGAGCAGUUCCUGGGGAAGAACGUCCAGGACGUGAAGAACGUGGUGCUGCAGACGCUGGAGGGGCAUCUCCGCUCCAUCCUCGGCACCCUGACGGUUGAGCAGAUCUACCAGGACCGGGACCAGUUUGCCAAGCUGGUGCGGGAGGUGGCAGCCCCGGAUGUGGGCCGCAUGGGCAUUGAGAUCCUCAGCUUCACUAUCAAGGACGUCUAUGACAAGGUGGAGUACCUGAGCUCGCUAGGGAAGACACAGACGGCGGUCGUGCAGCGGGACGCGGAUAUCGGCGUGGCCGAGGCCGAGCGCGACGCUGGCAUCCGGGAGGCCGAGUGCAAGAAGGAGAUGCUGGACGUCAAGUUCAUGUCGGACACCAAGGUGGCUGACUCCAAGCGCGCUUUCGAGCUGCAGAAAGCUGCCUUCAGCCAGGAGGUCAACAUCAAGACAGCGGAGUCGCAGCUGGCCUACGAGCUGCAGGGCGCCCGGGAGCAGCAGAAGAUCCGGCAGGAGGAGAUGGAGAUCGAGGUGGUGCAGCGCCGGAAGCAGAUCGACAUCGAGGAGAAGGAGAUUGUGCGCAUGGACAAGGAGCUCAUUGCUACCGUCCGGCGGCCGGCUGAAGCCGAGGCCUUCCGCAUGCAGCAGAUCGCCGAGGGCGAUAAGGUGAAGCAGAUGCUGAUCGCGCAGGCGGAAGGUGAGAGGAUCCGGAAGAUCGGGGAGGCGGAGGCUGCCGUCAUCGAGGCCAUUGGCAAGGCCGACGCCGAGAAGAUGAAGCUGAAGGCUGAGGCCUUGCAGCAGUACGGAGACGCUGCCAAGAUGGCGCUGGUGCUGGAUGCGCUGCCGCAGAUCGCCGCCAAGGUGGCAGCUCCCCUGGCCAAGGUGGAGGAGAUAGUGAUCCUGAGCGGAGAUGGCAGCAAGGUGACGACGGCUGAAAUCCCUGCCUCCGUGCACGCCCUCACCGGAGUCGACCUGGCCAAGAUCCCCCUGAUCCAGAAAGCCACCGGGGCCCAGGCGUGAGCCCGGCCGGGCCGGCGGGCGGUGACGGCGCCCGCGCCGCACUCUGAUAUCCACUGCCUCGGACACUCGGGAACCCUUUCCUACCAGAGACGGUCGGAGUCCCCGUUUCAGCUCUGGUGCCUUAUUUUGUAGGACCAGGAGGAUGCAUGUUCCCUUCCGCUGGGGGUGGGUUUUGUAACGGGCCCUGUCUCUCGUCGUGUUCGUCCUGAGCGGAGCCACCCCGCCACUACCCCGGCAGCUUGUGUGGUCGUGGCAUCUCGGUGCCUUGCAGUUCUCUGUCCUCUGGCAGCUGGGGGCUGAGGCGGGCAGCCUGGCCUGGGCUGUGCAGACUGCCUCCCAGGGCCGGCCCCGCAGCCUUCUUGGAGCUGCUGGACGAGAAAGCUGAGGCCCCCCGCC